GUAACUUCGCCCACGUCGUCGUUCACUCAUUUCUGCAUUCCAUUUUUAGAGAGAGAGAAGACCACUGUUACGAGAAAACAGUUUAAAUUUUAGAAAGAGAAGGAAAAAGAAUUGGUGAGUGUCGUUGUAGUGAAUAGGGUUUUCUUUUUCUUCUUCUCCUUGAAAAUCUGAUGGCGAGAAGACCGGAUGAAGAGUAUGAUUAUCUAUUCAAGAUCGUUUUAAUUGGUGAUUCAGGUGUUGGUAAAUCCAAUCUUCUCUCCCGUUUCACUCGUAAUGAGUUUUGUUUAGAAUCUAAAUCUACCAUUGGAGUCGAAUUCGCUACUCGUACUCUUCAGGUUGAAGGCAAGACAAUCAAAGCACAAAUAUGGGACACAGCAGGCCAAGAGCGAUACAGAGCAAUUACCAGUGCCUAUUACAGAGGUGCACUAGGUGCUCUUCUAGUCUAUGAUGUCACAAAGCCAACAACAUUUGAGAACGUAACUCGAUGGCUCAAGGAACUGCGUGAUCAUGCUGACUCCAACAUUGUGAUAAUGCUCAUUGGAAACAAAACUGAUCUGAAGCACCUCCGUGCAGUUGCAACAGAAGAUGCUCAGAGUUUUGCUGAGAAGGAAGGGCUUUCAUUCAUCAAGACCUCUGCCCUUGAAGCAAUAAAUGUUGAGAAGGCUUUCCAAACAAUCCUUGGAGAGAUAUAUCGGAUAAUUAGUAAGAAAUCCCUUGCGUCAGAGGAGUCUGCACCGUCUAGCAUUAAGGAAGGCCAAACAAUUGAUGUCUCAGGAUCAGAUAGCAACUCAAAGAAAUCAUGCUGUUCUACUUCUUAAGGGGUGAUUUCUUCCAUUCUUUAUCCUUUCUGGUGACUAAUGUUCUAUAGGUCUCGGGUCUUUCAACUAUGUUUCAUCUUGUCUGGAUCUGGAUCUUGAUCUUUUUUUCCCUUUCAUAUCUUAUACAGGUGUUUCUUUUACUGUGUUUUGUUGGAUUUAGUGUAUGAUUCUUCAUAUUCUUCUAAAAUAGAUGGAACAGUUCAGAUUUUAAUAGAUGACAGAUAUCUUGUGAAGUGUUUUGUCUGAGAUGAUAUUGAAGUUAUGUUCUCUUAA